AUGAACUCGUUACGAACCUCUCCCCUAAAAGCAUUGAGGUCAUCACGAAUCUCUGGGCUUCAAAUAGCUCCGUCGCAUAUCCGAUACUUCCACCCGACCAAACCAGCGCCGAAUCUCAUCAAUGUAGCAUUAGAUGCCUCUACGGGUCUAAUCCAUGGUGUACACAAUUUCACCGGUCUCCCAUGGGCCGCCUCUAUUCCCCUGACAGCGUUGCUUGUCCGAACAGCCGUUGGAUUACCAAUACAAUUCCAUACACGAGUCCACGCACGCCGACAACGAGAUCUCGUACCGCUAGUGAAAGCCUGGAAACAAGUUUACGACAAGGGUGCAAGGAAUAGAAACCGACCUGAAGGCGAAGCAUGGAAAGCUACACAAAAACAGACGAAAUAUUUGCAACAAAGGUGGCAUGUCAAAUCCUGGGCUAAGGUCAUACCGAUCUUACAGGUACCGGUCUGGAUCUCACUUAUGGAGGGCAUCCGUGGAAUGUGCGGGAAUAACAGCGGACUCGUGCCAUGGCUACUUUCACUAUUCAGGCCAACAAAAGAGUCAGCCGAUGAAGCUAUUCAGUCUCUUAAUAUGACCGUGGAGCCGUCACUUGCCAGCGAAGGUGCACUGUGGUUUCCCGAUUUAUUAGCGAGUGAUCCAACAGGAGCACUACCUGUUAUGCUCACAGCAUCCAUUCUACUGAAUGUAAACACGGGUUGGAAGAAAAACACACUUUCAGAAAUGUCUGAUAUGCCAAAGCUGCAGAUGUAUCAGAGUGUCUUUUUCAAUGGCCUUCGAAUGUUCAUCCAAGUUCUUGCUCUUAAUGUUGGGAUCUCGGGGUGGUAUUACGAAAUGCCGGCCGCUCUUAUGAUAUAUUGGAUUGCCAGUACCAAUAUUGCGACUUUGCAGAGUUGGUGGUUGGGCAAGUACAUGUAUUCGAGGCCACCGCUUCCUACUUACAACACGAAGCAUAUAAAGUUCCAGGGUCCAGGUGAUCCUUUCAAACUCAACUUGAAAUAG